UGAAUGCACAGAUGGAUCAGCUGGUGUCAACACUGAACAGUGAGGGUCAAGUGACCUGACCAACGCACAUGCAGGAACCAUUGACUUCCUGAUCGCCUCACUGUGUAGCGAAGUUUGAAGAGAAAACAAGCUGCAGGGGGCAGCACCGCUCACUCACCGGUCAAAGACGAGGCCAGUCCAACUUCCGACUUCCUCCUUCUCAUGAAGAGCAAGCCGGAGCUACUGCUGCAAUGGAGAAGCUAAUCGUCUUGUGUCUGAAAUUCAUUAUUUUGUGCGGCACUGUCGACGCCGUGUUUGAGGAUCAAGUGGGGAAAUUUGACUGGAGGCAACAGUAUGUAGGCAAGGUUCGUUUUUCUCACUUCGACACACACAUGCAAUCAUCUAAAAAGGUGCUUCUGGCAACGGAGAAUAACGUUUUUGCUGCAAUCAAUACCAGGACUGGAGAACUAUUCUGGCGUCAUGUGGAUAAAGCCGGGCAGGAGGGAAGCAUUGAUGCUUUCCUGCAGCACGGACAAGAUGCGGUGCUGGUGGUCGGUGACGGCCGUGUGCUGCGCUCCUGGGAUAUUAAUAUUGGUGGUUUGAACUGGGAGAUUGUGCUCGACUCUGGCAGUUUCCAGUCAGCAUGUUUGGUCGGACAGCAAGACAACGUGAAACACGUGGCCGUCUUGAAGAAAACUGCCAUCUCUCUCCAUUACCUUUCUAAUGGUCAUCAAAAAUGGAUAGAAAAUCUUCCAGAGAGUGACACCGUGGAUUACCAAGUUGUGUAUUCUGGUGGAAAUGGUGAAGUUUAUGCACUGGGAGUCGUUCAGCAUUCCCACAUUACGAUUGUUGUCUACAGUGUGGAGGACGGCGAGGUUGUCAAACAGAUCUCGGUUGAGGCUCCAUGGCUGUCCGACAUACAGGCCAGCUGCGCAGUGGUCGACCAGGGGAUUUUGACAUGUGUGGACUCUGCAACUGUGUCCUUGUACAUGCUUGACUUACAUGUACAAUCACAGAUGACCCAGAUCCCCCUGCAGUCACUGGGAUUUGAAGCUGCCCCUGGCUUCCAUCCAGCACUUGUGUCCACUCAGCCCAACCCAGCUCGUCCACCACUGUCAGAGUUCUUCCUGCAGCUUGGGCCUGAACACUACCUGCUUCUUCAACUCAACAAUGGACAGAUAGUCACACUGAGGGAUUUCAAGCCAGCAAUGCUGGUUUCAUUUGCUACCACUGGAGAGAAGACUGUUGCUGCUGUCAUGUCACCCAAGAAUAAAACUGCUUCCACUCUUAACCUCUUCAGUGCAGAAACUGGACGCAGACUUUUAGACACAACACUGAUUUUUAAUAUGGAUCCUUAUGGUGGGAAACCAGAGAAGCUGCAUGUACAGGCAUUUCUCAAGAAAGACGACUCGGUUGGCUACAGGGUCAUGGUGCAGACAGAAGACCACACACUUACUUUCAUACAACAGCCAGGGCGUGUGAUAUGGACAAGAGAAGAGGCCCUGUCAGAUGUGGUGACAAUGGAAAUGGUGGAUCUGCCCCUUACAGGAACGCAGGCAGAGCUAGAGGGAGAGUUUGGCAAAAAGGCUGCCAUACAAGACGGCCUGUUCUCCAUGGUGCUGAAGAGGCUCUCUUCUCAGUUCAUCUUGCUGCAGGCCUGGGUCGCCCACCUGUGGAAGCUGUUCUACGAUGCACGGCAGCCUCGCAGUCAGGUUAAAAAUGAUGUGACCAUCGAGAACCUCUCCAGAGAUGAGUUCAACCUGCAGAAGAUGAUGGUUAUGGUCACUGCGUCAGGAAAACUCUUUGGGAUUGACAGCAAGACCGGCAGUAUUUUAUGGAGGCACUACUUGGAUGACAUUCCAUCUAAUGCAGCCUUCAAACUGAUUGUGCAACGGACCACCGCACACUUUCCUCAUCCCCCACAGUGCACACUGCUCAUCAAAGACAAGGACACAGGCCUGGCCACACUCCAUGUAUUUAACCCCAUCUUUGGAAAGAAGAGUCACGUCACUCCACCCACUAUGACUCAGCCAAUACUUCAGUCCAUCAUCCUGCCGCUCAUGGACCAGGAUUAUGCAAAGGUUUUACUCCUGGUUGAUGACCAGUACAAGGUGUCUGCCUUUCCUUCUACAAAGAAUGUACUGCAGCAGCUCCAGGACAUGGCGUCAUCCAUAUACUUUUUCCUUGUUGACUCCGACCAGGGACGACUCUCUGGCUAUAGGCUACGAACGGACUUGUCCACGGAGCUCAUCUGGGAAGUCGUCGUCCCAACCGAGGUACAGAGGAUUGUCUCGGUCAAAGGGAAGAGGCCCAAUGAGCAUGUGCACUCCCAGGGCAGAGUGAUGGGAGACCGCAGUGUCCUGUACAAGUACUUGAACCCCAACCUCUUGGCGGUGGUCACUGAAAGCACAGACUUGCAUCAGGAGCGCAGCUUUAUCGGGAUCACGCUGAUUGAUGGCGUGACCGGUCGCAUCUUCCACAAUGCUGUUCAGAGAAAGGCCAGAGGACCUGUGCAUGUUGUGCACUCUGAAAACUGGGUGGUGUACGAAUACUGGAACACCAAGUCUCGAAGGAACGAGUUCUCUGUCAUUGAGCUGUACGAAGGGAUGGAGCUCUACAACAGCACCGUGUUCAGCUCACUGGAUCGGCCACAUGCUCCUCAAGUGCUUCAGCAGUCGUACAUUUUCCCCUCUUCCAUCUCUGCCAUGGAGGCCACUCUGACUGAGAAGGGCAUCACCAGCCGUCACCUGCUCAUUGGUUUGCCUUCUGGAGGUAUUUUGUCAUUACCCAAGAUGUUCCUCGACCCUCGUAGGCCAGAAAUAGCGUCUGAACAAAUCCGUGAAGAGAACCUGAUACUGUACGCACCAGAGCUGCCGAUCCGCACAGAGUGGUUCAUCAACUACAACCAGUCUGUAUCAGGAGUGCGAGGAAUUUACACUGCCCCCUCUGGGCUCGAGUCGACCUGCCUGGUGGUGGCAUACGGUCUCGACAUCUAUCAGACACGUGUUUAUCCCUCGAAGCAGUUUGACGUACUUAAGGACGACUACGACUACAUGCUGAUCAGCAGCGUACUCUUCGCCCUUUUCUUUGCCACCAUGAUCAGCAAACGCCUGGCAGAAGUCAAACUGCUCAACCGGGCCUGGCGGUAAAGUGAACAUCAAAAUCCCAUCUCUGACAGCCCCGAGGCUGCACGAAGGACCUCGGCCACGAGGAGAUGAGAUGGCUGAGGCCGUGCCUGAAGAAGAACAAACGUCAAAGUUCAACAAGGCCCAUAAGCAACUGCAAGGGUGAGGGGGACAGCGGGGUGGGGGUGACAAGAGGGGUUACUAAAGGUUUUAUGUGUUUCUUUUUUUUUUUUAACUUAUUUUGCAUCCACAAGGAAUUAUUUCAUGAUAGAAUAACUGUGUUUGUGCCAUGUCCUUUUGAUUAAAUGUGUAACGCCUAAUUAAUUACGAAUGAAUGCAACAGACUUGAAGUUUAUUAAAUAGUGGACUUUGUAAAUUUCUAAAACAUGUGAAAGUUGGUGCUUACAUUCUCCAUAACCAAGUCAGGACAAAAGUUUUUGACUACCCUGUUUUUUUGCCUGACUUGGUCCUGGAGAAUAUGGACAAUGACUUUGUCAGACAUGAUACAUGUAAACAUCAUAGUUUGUUUUUAGUCGGGUUUUUUUCAGGAUUAUGUUUUGUUAGACAGUUCUAAUGGAGAUGAUACAUUUUGAGAUCAGAGAAUAUAGAGACAAAAGCCUUUUAUCAUGUGAGCAUGAUUUGUACAAUGGUACAAUACCAAGUUCUAUGGUUUGUACUUGUAGCCUGCUGAAAUGCCAUGUGGUUUCAUGGCAAACUAACUGUGACUGUAAAGAUUGAGCAGAUAUGUGAUAUGGACAAGAACUGGUUAUUUGUGCUUUCCUGAAGACUCUAACCAAAGGUACUGUCACACCGUCUACACCCUCACACAACUGACCAAGGACAAUAUUCAACAUUUUAUUUCGCGAUAUGAACAUCAAUCAUCCUGCAGCUCAUGUUUGUGAGCAGUUUUGAUCUAACGUCCACUGUUGUUGAUGCCCCAUUAAAAUCUGUUCCAGAACCCCAGUCUUAGUUUUUUUUUACCCCUCUGCUUUCUGAGACUGUUCAACUGUUUGAUUUAGUGACAUUUUUCAAUUAAACAUUAUAUAUCAUACUCAA